GUUUGUGUUUAGCCUUCAAUUCCAACAAUUGAUUCAGUUUACUCAUUGAAUGCUAUUUGACUGUCUUGAGAUGUAGGCUAAUAAUUUGGGGAAAAGACCCCCAAAAAUGAUAUCAUAUGCACCAUUAUGCUUGCUUAUCCUAAACAGAUAAAAUGGCCAGAUGCUAACAGGUCAGCGAUUUGUAGGGGUUGUGCUGUCAGCAAAUCUGCUAGGCUACUCAUUCACGCCCCGUUCUCGCUCAUCCCACUCCGGUUUGUCUGACUCUUCUCUCUCUUGACUAACAAUUGCUCGGGAAGUGGCGGGAUUGACUUGUCUGCCCUUCAUGGUUUAUAUGACAGUUCGGUGCUCUGUCUCUAUUUAUCCUAUGUGAAAUAACGGUUCCAAGGAUACAAUCUACAAUCGGAUAGCCUAACGGUCUAGGAUCGGGCGCCAAAAGAAACUUGAUUAGGUCCAUUUGUUUAGCACUCAAUGCAAGGGAUCUUCAAACGGUAUGCAGGAUUGUUUCGAAGUAGCAGCCAGAGGAGACGAUUAUAAUUUCUGUUCUUAUCGAGAUCGGGUGUAUCGAGAGACAGUGGAAUAUUUUAGCAGUUUGGGGGGGACGAGGAGAAAGAGGAACUGCAUUCGCAGACUGGACUCACAGGGGGCUUCUAAAUGCGUCUUCUUGUCGACCCACCGAGAACAAUGAAUAGUGGUUCUAGCAACUUUCUGCUAGUUCCAAUACCGGAGUAUCCCGUUCUAGACUGCGUGCCCAACAAAAACGUUAAGAUUGUGGUUUUGGGAGCGAGCAACGUCGGGAAAACAGCUUUGAUCGUCAGGUUUCUGACCAAGAGGUUCAUUGGGGACUAUGAGGCAAACACAGGGGCCCUUUACUCCAGAAAGAUCAAUCUAGAUGGAGAACAGGUCUCACUACAGGUUCAGGACACACCCUGUGUCUCUCUACAGGAUGAUGCAGAGGGGCUAUAUUGUCAGGAGCAGAUCAACAGGUCUAUCUACUGGGCGGAUGGAUACGUCCUGGUGUUCUCCAUCACCGACCACAGCAGUUAUAGAACCAUACAGCCUCUCUACCAGCACGUCAGACGCAUCCACCCUGCAGGGAACAUACCUGUCAUACUGGUGGGCAACAAGAGCGACCUCCUCCGUGCCCGCCAGGUGCCGGCUGACGAGGGCGAGACGUUGGCAGCCUCUCUAGGUGGGUCGUACUUUGAGGCGUCUGCCAGGGAGAAUCACGAGGGGGUCCACGCCGCCUUCCUGCACCUCUGUGGUGAGGUGAGCCGGGCGCUGGGUGGGGGUAACGGGGAGAAAAGGAGAGGGGGGCUGCACCUGGCCCGGCCCAAGUCCCCCAACAUGCAGGAGUUGAAGAGGAGGUUUCGACAGGUGCUGUCCUCUAAGGGAAAGUCUUCUACUAACACCUUGUGAUGACAAUGGGGGAAAAAAUUAUAAUUUUUUGGGGUUCUGGAAUUGGAAUUCUGGAUUGAGCCCAGUUGACUCUCCUGUGAUGUCGUUGUAUGAUAAUGAAUGGAACACUUUUUUUCAAAUGGAGCAUUUCGUUGGAACAGUGAGAAGAGGGAAGCAACGGAUAUUGUAUUUCUUUGGAUUGGAAUGGAACAUUAAGAUAAAGAGGUUCCCCUUGUGGAAGGAAUGGCAAAGAGACAGCAAGGCCCAAUACUACCAACAGAACAGUGUGCUAUGAGGCUUGUGACAUCACAUACCAUUCUGACAAUCUGACCAAUGGUGACAGAGGAGCCUGAAAUACUGACUUUGACUGACAGGCCCAACGGACCAAUCAUAGCCUACUCUGAGAUCUGCUAUUCGAUCUGAGCUGUCACGCACUAGCCUACUCUUCUUGCUUCUGAUACAUUUGUAUUGAAUGAAUGUCAUCUGAAAAUGUACUGUACCCAGAAGCAAAACAAACCGAUGUGUUGCACCCCAAUGGCACCCUAUUCCCAAUUUAGUGCACUACUUUCAACCAGGGCCUAAGUAGUGCACUAUGUAGGGAAUCGGGUGCGUUUGAGAAGCAACUAAUAUAUUUUCAAUAUGAAAAACGUGGAUAGGUCAUGGUUAAUCAAAUGUUUAUUUAGCAAUUACAUGUCCUUUGACAUUUUAAAUAUGAUCUGUUUUUUCUCAGACUCUUUUAUCCAAAGAGACUUACAGUCAUGCGUACAUACAUUUUUACCUAUGGGUGGUCCCGGGAAUUGAACCCACAACCCUGGCAUUACAAGCACCAUGCUCUACCUGCUGGGCUACAGAGGACCAUCCUGGUCUGUACUUAUCUGAACCAACCUGAUUCCCUCUGAACAGUCUCUAACCACAGAUCUAGGAUCAGUUUACCCUACCAUUAGCACUAGCAUGAACAUAGAUCAGAGCUUAU